AUGAAAUCAAUCAUUAUUGUUGCUAUUUUAUUUCUUGUUUAUGUUGCUCUUUAUGGAACACUUCAAUAUUAUUCUCGUGGUGCAUGCUCAAUUAAUUGUUCACAGUUGAGUAAUACAAUAAGAUCUCGUACUGAUAAUGAUAAUAGAUUUUGCAAGACUGCAUUUCCUGAUGAUGUCAGCCGUGGUUGUGCUAAAGAACAAUGUAAUGUUCAAGUCAAUGCUAAUUCAGUUUUGGCUAAUGACUGUUGUGAAAAAGAUUUGUGCAAUUCAGUAACAACAUCAAAACUAAUAUUUAACAAGCUCUUUAUAAUCAUUGGUGUUUUAAUUUGGGAUCAAAUAUAA